AGUGAAAGAAUAUAUAUGUAGAUGGGCAUAUGAGGCCGCUAUUCCUUUUCAUGCAUUUGAAAGAGAUAGUUUUAAGAUGAUGUUAGAAGCAAUUGGACAAUUCGGUCCCGGAGUUGAAUCUCCAAGUAGAUAUGAGAUGAGUGAAACAUUCUUGAAAAAAGAAGUUGAUAAAGUUCGUGAGUAUUUGAAGAUACAUGAAGAGGAGUGGAAGCUAAAUGGGUGCUCAAUCAUGACGGAUGCUUGGACCGAUAGAAAGAGAAGAAGUGUAAUGAAUUUGUGUGUGAAUUCAAAUUUGGGCACCGUUUUCCUUUCUUCCAAAGAAUGUUCACUUGAUUCACACACAAGUCAAUAUAUUUAUGAGUUUGUUGAGCAUGGAAUUGAACAAGUUGGAGUUGAAAAUGUUGUUCAAGUUGUCACGGAUAAUGCCUCAAACAACAUGGGAGCUUCAAAGUUGUUGAAAGAGAAGAGGCCAACCAUCUUUUGGACUUCUUGUGCCACUCACACGAUAAAUCUAAUGCUUCAAAGCAUUGGAAAUCUCCCGAGGUACAAGAAAGUCCUUGAUCAAGCAAAGGCAUUAACGAUCUUUAUUUAUGCUCAUCACACGACUUUGGCAAUGAUGAGAACUUUCACAAAGAAGAGAGAUAUAGUGAGGCCCGGUGUGACUAGAUUUGCAUCUUCAUUCCUUACUUUGCAAAGUUUAGCCGAGAAGAAGAUUGAAUUAAGGGCAAUGUUUUCUAGCAAUGAAUGGGAGGCAUGUAAAUUUUCCAAGAUAGCUAAAGGGAAGGUAGCACACACAACCGUAACAAGUUUGGGAUUUUGGCAAGGUGUAACGGCAUGUUUGAAGGUUUUUGCACCAUUGGUGAGAGUACUUCGACUUGUUGAUUGUGAUAGCAAGCCAUCAAUGGGGUUUGUAUAUGGUGAGCUUAUGAGAGCUAAAGAGGAAAUCAAACAUGCUUUGUCCGAUGUCCCAAGGAACUAUAAAUCGAUUAUUGACAUUAUUGAAGAAAAAAUGAAAGAUAGGCUUGACUCUCCUCUUCAUUUGAUGACAUAUUUGUUGAAUCCUUAUUACCAUUAUAAGGAUCCACAACUUCAUUUGGAUGAAGUUGUAGGUGUUGGAGUUGUUGAUUUUUGUGAUAUUCUAUUCGUCAAUGAUUUUGACAUGCAAAAUAAGAUUUUAAGUGAAGAAUUGCCAAAAUAUAAGAAGAAGGAGGGGAUGUUUGGAAGAAAUAUCGCAAUCAAAUCAUGUGGGGUGAAUGAUGACAACUUUAAUCCCGCAAAUUGGUGGUCAACUUUUGGUAUCUCAGCCCCUUUAUUGAGAAGAAUAGCCAUAAAGAUUCUUUCUUUAACAUCUAGUUCUUCGGGGUGUGAAAGAAAUUGGAGCACGUUUGAAGGGAUACAUACAAAGAAGAGAAAUAGGCUUGAAUCAAAUCGUCUCAACAAUUUAGUUUUUGUCCAAUUUAAUGCUACUUUGAUGAACAAGAACAAGCAAGAUAAAAAUAUUGAAAAGUUGGUUGGUAGUGAUGCAAGUUUAGCACAAGAUUGGAUUGUGGAAAAUGUUGAGAAUGAUGAGAAUGAGCCGGGAAUGGAUUGCAACAAUAAUGCUAUGGAAGUGGAUGAAGCAUUACAACCCCGUAGAAGUGCUAGAUUGAGGGAUCUUGAUGAAGAUAACUUUGAAUCGGAAGAGGAAAGUGAGGAGGAAAUAAAUGAAGUGGAGUUUGAAGAUGAUGGGCAACGUGUUAUUGAGCAAUAUGGACAAGAUGAAGAAAUUGGCAAUGAUCCUAUUCAAUCAUGAUUCAUCAAUCACUUUGGAUUUCAAAACUUUAAAUGUUAAUUAUGUUGU